AUGGGCAUUGGCGCCCUUCGAUCCAUUGAUUUGGAUGAUAUGAUUACGCGCCUUCUUGAUGCUGGGUACGCCGGAAAGGUGACCAAAGCUGUGUGCCUCAAAAACGCAGAGAUUACCGCCGUCUGUGCUGCCGCACAACAGCUAUUCUUAUCUCAGCCCGCCUUGGUCGAACUCUCUCCUCCUGUCAAGAUUGUGGGAGAUGUCCACGGACAAUAUACAGAUCUCAUCCGCAUGUUUGAAAUGUGUGGCUUUCCUCCAAAUUCUAAUUAUCUCUUCCUCGGAGAUUAUGUCGACCGUGGCAAGCAGAGCCUCGAGACCAUACUGCUUCUCCUCUGUUACAAACUCAAGUUUCCAGAGAACUUUUUCUUGCUCCGUGGCAACCAUGAAUGUGCCAACGUCACUCGAGUGUACGGAUUUUACGAUGAAUGUAAGCGACGAUGUAACAUCAAAAUCUGGAAGACUUUUGUUGAUACAUUCAACACUUUACCAAUUGCGUCAAUCGUUGCAGGCAAAAUCUUUUGUGUUCACGGCGGUCUUUCGCCAAGCUUAUCACACAUGGACGACAUCCGGCAGAUUGCCCGACCAACCGAUGUGCCAGACUAUGGCCUGCUGAAUGAUUUGUUAUGGAGCGAUCCGGCGGACAUGGAGUCUGACUGGGAAGCAAAUGAGAGAGGCGUGAGCUAUUGUUUUGGAAAGAAGGUUAUCAUGGAAUUUCUCCAACGACAUGACUUCGACCUUGUAUGCAGAGCACACAUGGUUGUUGAAGACGGCUAUGAAUUUUUCAGUGACCGAAUACUUGUCACAGUAUUCUCAGCGCCAAACUACUGUGGCGAGUUUGACAACUGGGGUGCAGUCAUGUCCGUUUCGGGCGAGUUGCUUUGCAGCUUCGAGCUCUUGAAGCCUUUGGACUCGAGCGCUCAUCCUCAUGGGUGCGCUCAUUGA